AAGAUAGGUCGCAGGGGUGACUAAGUUCCAAGAAUAAUUUUUAUGCAACAUCGGCUUAUUUUAAGCAAGAUCUAUAGUCACCAGGUAUCUCAAGAGUAACCCUAGUUUAAGGUGUAAAAUUUUGGAAACAUAAAAUUAAACCCCUUUCUCCAGUUAAUUUAUAGACCUCAUCGUUAAGAAUACUAGGCGCAUACAUAGAAAGCGGAAGAUUUGACACUUAUCAGCUAGGAGCGUUAUUUCCCUUUCUCGUAACGGAAAAAUUCGUUCCUGUCGACGUCGAUUUCCUCUGGGACCUAGCGUCGCUUCCCCUCCGGAUGACAGUCAAGGUGUGGCUACCGCCUACCCGUCCCCUUCCCAGGCAACGCUCGAGGAAGAACUUUCUUUCACUGCACACGCUCCACUUUCACAUCGAACCUAUGAUUGUAACGCACGACAUAGUUUUCAGUGGAACUUCGUGGUUCUAAAGCAAAGAUACUCUUUCAAAACUUUUAAAUUGUAUACCUUUGAACUUACUGUAGGCAAGCAGCUAUGAAGGCCAAAGUUCUCCUUGCCUUUCUGAUGACGCUAGGAUUGUCGUCAGCGCAAUACGAAGAAUCAAUCGACCAUCUUGUCUCUGAAACUUACGAAGUUCUUAAAGAUGAAAGAUCGAACACACAAAUGGUAAGAUCUCCACGUUACAAAAUGUACGAGCAGAUGCUGCAAGAGGUGCCAAAGGUAGACGGGGGUCAAGCGAUGUUCCAGGGAGACAUGCUUAUGACAGAGCGGGACCUGCAAGAGAUGUACGCGCUAGCGCCAGCCAGGAGCAUCACGUGGCCUGGGGGAAUUGUGCCCUACAAGAUCAGUGAUAGCUCUCAAGGUGACGCUGCACUUAUUCGGCGAGCGGUUGCUCACUGGAUGAACAACUCCUGCCUGAUGUUUAAAGAACUCCAACAGGACGAUACAACAACCGACUUCAUUCUCUUCGUGAAGGGUCGAGGCUGUUGGUCGAGGUUGGGCCAUGUCGGUUCUCUGCAGCCUAUUUCAAUCGGAGAUGGCUGCGAAACGCUGGCGACGGUGGUCCACGAGAUCGGCCACGCGGUGGGCUUCCUGCACGAGCAGUCACGUGCGGACCGAAACCGCUUCGUGGUUGUCAACUACGGCAACAUCCUGGAAGGCCUGCGCAGUCAGUUCGAUCUCGACCAGGCCAGGAGGGAGUAUGGGGCCCGAUACGACUACCAGUCGGUUAUGCACUACUCGCCGACGGCCUUCGCCGCUUCUCCCGAGAUGAAGACGCUCAGUCCCGUGAAUCCGCUCUUGGCGCCGCUGAUCCGCAGGAAAGACGGCCUCACGUUCCGAGACAGGCGGAAGGCAAACUUCCUGUACCAGUGCGACGCGGCCUGUACCAACAAGCCCGUCUGCCAGAACGAGGGAUUUGUAGACCACACCUGCAAGUGCGUCUGUCCUCCCAACACCAGCGGUGAAAAGUGUGAAACCUUCCGAAAGACAUACUACCCUCGUCCACAUUGCGGAAGGCGCGUUACUCGACAGAGGACUAUCAGUUCCCCAGGCUACCCCGAUGCCCAGGAACCAAAACAAGGAGUGUGCGUCUGGUGGAUCCGGGCUCCGCGAGGAAUGAAGGUGCAGCUGACGUUCCAGGGCUUUGACUUAUACGGCCGGAUUCGAAGGUUCUGUCUGUAUGACCGCCUUGAACUGCGACUUCAAUCCCUUUACUCUGGACAAACGUACUGCGGAGCAGAGAUCAAACCUGGCAACACCGCUACCUCCGUCAGCCGCGACCUGGUCGUCGAGUACAGGCCGUACGCUUCAUUCAAGCAGGGCUUCACCGCAGACGUCACCUUCGUCCCUGCCUAAGACACCACUACAGUCAUUUCCAAAACAACCAGUAAACGAAACGAGUUUUGUUUCUGGCAAUCCUUUUGUACGGCUUCCAGUUCACCUACCAUGUCAGGAGGCUAUUUUUCAACUGCAAGAUUACUGGCAAACUUUCGAGGUUAGGGUUUUGUUGGUGAAAUUCCACAAGCAGUCCGCUGUUGCAUAUACCUCGGCCCCGAUAGAAGUCUGUCUAGGCUCACAUAAAUGUGUUUUUAUUUGUUUGUCUUUUUUUUUAUUAAUAGACAGUCACGAGAAAUUGUACAAGAAACAUAGAUGUAAAAAAAGCGAUUGUAGCGAGAAUGUCUAGCAAUUAUAAAUAAACUCUGCCGUACUUUCUAGACAUUUUUUCUCAAUCACAUUCUCCAAAAAAGCCUCUCGGUAAUAUGCACCCAGUCAGCACGGCAGACUGGGUACUCUAUCGGCCGAUAGAAGGUACUCUAUCGGCCCAAGUUUCGCGAUCCUGGGGGCUCAACUUGGUUAACGUUUGCCUAAUAAGGUUUCGCUCCGAGGCGCUGUUUUGUGCCAGAGUACCUUCUUUUUUGUUUUACUUCUCGACAGAAUUUUUUCGGUUCGUCACAUAAUAGCCAAAGUGCUAGGCAUGAGCCAAAAAUGCCACGUAUCAAACAGACAACCCGAAAUGAAGCCUAAUUUGGGAACUUAUUUGUAUAUUUAGGUCGAAAGUUGUCAGGUGAAAGCCAAACAACCAUAAAUAAAGACUGAUCGUUGCAUUUCAUCGGGAACUGAUGGAAAAAAAGCCAGGUUACCAGCAAACAACCAGGCGAUGAAGCCUUACUCUGCCAGUUCUUUUGGCAAUUCAGGGUCAAAUUCCUAGAGUAGGCACUGACCAUAGAAUAUCAAGUUAGUUCAUGCCUUAGCUUCUUUUGCGAUUUUAGGUCCCUGAAUUGUCAGACUUAAAACGUGUUCUCGAUGAACUAUGCCACUUGGGUGAUGCUAUCACAGAGUAUCUUUAUGGCUUGAAUUUAAUCUGAAAGCGUCACUCUUGAAUGAGACGAAAAAAGCGUUACACUCAAGUUAACGCAACGUGAAGCCCACACGGCGCAUGUCAGCCAAUGAAUAAGUAUUUAUAAAAGAAGCAUUCUCUACCGUAAUUAAACUUUAAUUUUCAUACAUGGGUGUAAUUCAUUGUAGCGAGCGAGAUUCAACGACCGCGGGAUCAGUGGGAAUUAAACCCCAGCUGAGGAUCGAGACUUCUUCUUAGCAUUCCACCGCCUUUGUCGAUAACUUAAUUUUGUGUGUGUGUGUGUAAUGAGCGAUAAGCUCUGACAGCGGAAGCCUCUCAAAGAAAAUUAAAAAAAAAUUUUAACUGCAAGUUAUGGACACAUGAAAACGAUGUUAUAGCCAAACCUAAGGUAAUUGUUUUAGGGUUUGAGGUGUUUGGUCGAAAUACGACGAGAACGCCUGUUUAAGUGUAUAAGGAACAGCAUCUGUGCGUGAGAAAUAGAUGUCGCUCGCAUAUGUAUUUUACAAAAAAAUGUUAUUUUGAAUGACUCUCCAGAUUGACAUGUACAAGGGGCAGCCAGAUUUUUUAGUUGUCAACUUUUGCACGCGAAAACCCGAGACAAUCUAAAUAUUAUACAUUUGUAAGUCAGUGUUUUGCCUAGAUGCGCGCACUCAUCGCUUUCACACUUUACACAUGUCGUCGUGCAACAGCGGCGUCUAGAAACAAUUCCACAAAAUGCCUUUUUUUAGUGCACUUACUUUAUUUUGAACUACGACAUUUUUGGGCACCUUAGAAAUUGUGUGCGGUGGAGCAUUUAAGCGAAACCCAGCACACACGUGAGCCGUUUCGUCCUCACAUCCAACAGUCCUUCAAUUUAAAGGCAUGCAGUGGGAGGGUAAUGUUCUUUUUGAGUAAUGGGGAUGAUGCACCCUGCAUAUAAUCCGCCUUUUUUUCUACGUGAUGUGUGAAGAAUUGUCAAUCAUCCAAAAGCUUCUGCAGAGGAAGGAACGGCAAUAGGGUUAAUUAACACAAACCAAAAAGAUGGAUGCAGAUAUGAUUGUUGUGACACAACUCCCCUUAUAAUUUGUACCUAGUUCAAGCAGAAAACGUUUCUUGCGGAAUAUAAUUCGUGUAUUUUGAGAGAGUUUCUGAGUAAGUAUAAUAAAUAAUACAGAAAUAAAAAGUUAAAAACAUUUGAGCUCAUCACAUUUCUGUACUUCGCUCUACAAUUCAAAUAAUAAAAGGCGUUCUACGGGC